GACGCCACGGGAGAGAGGGAGGGGAGAAAUCCGGGCCGAGAACAGAUAGACAAGGAGGGGGGACAGAGAGUGCAAACUGGGCCGAGGAAUCGACAAGUGGAAUCCCGGGCAAGGCGAAGAUAAAUCCCCGGGGGGUAGAGUGCGGAGGAGGGCAGCGGAGAAGAGGAAAGGAAGAUCGAUCCAGGCCAAGGGACAGCGAGGCCGACGUUAAAGAGCGGGACAGGACCGGAUCAGGGAGACCAUAACUGAGAGACGCACAGCCCGAAUCUAGGUGGCAGCCAUGCUUGUCCCAGUUUUCACCCUCAAGCUAAACCACAGAAUUAAUCCCCGAAUGGUGACUGUGGGGAAAUACGAUGGCACACACCCUUGUCUAACUGCUGCUACCCAGGCUGGCAAGGUUUUUAUCCACAACCCCCAUACACGUAGCCAGCGCUUUGUCUCCAACAACCUAUUGCAAGGUGGUUUGGAUUCCGAUACAUCCCUUCUGAACAUAAACCAGAGUGUUAGCUGUCUGACUGCGGGAGUACUAAAUCCCGGACUUGGCCGUGACAUGCUGCUUGUUGGCACGCAGACUAACCUGCUGGCUUAUGAUGUAUAUAACAACUCUGAUGUCUUCUACAAGGAGGUGGCAGAUGGAGCUAAUGCCAUAGUGCUGGGACAGCUUGGAGAGAUUCCCAGUCCACUGGCAAUUAUCGGAGGGAAUUGCACACUGCAGGGUUUUGAUCAGGAUGGAAAUGACCUUUUCUGGACGGUCACUGGGGACAAUGUCCGAUCUCUGGCACUCUGUGACUUUGAUGGGGAUGGGAAGAAGGAGCUUCUGGCUGGUUCAGAGGACUUUGACAUCAGGGUCUUCAAAGAAGAUGAAAUAAUGGCAGAAAUAUCAGAGACAGAGACUAUCACAGCACUUUGCCAUAUGCAUGGGAGUCGGUUUGGGUAUGCCCUGGCAAAUGGCACUGUUGGAGUUUAUGACCGGGCUACUCGCUACUGGAGAAUUAAGUCUAAAAAUCAUGCCAUGAGUAUUCAUGCUUUUGACUUGAACUCAGAUGGUGUUUGUGAGUUAAUCACUGGCUGGUCAAAUGGAAAGAUUGAUGCACGCAGUGAUCGUACUGGUGAGGUCAUCUUCAAGGACAACUUCACCUCCUCUGUUGCUGGAAUUGUGGAGGAAGAUUACAGGAUGGAUGGACAAUCGCAGCUCAUCUGCUGCUCAGUUGAAGGGGAAGUUCGAGGUUAUUUGCCUGCCGAUCGGGAGAUGAGAGGGAAUUUGAUGGACACAAAUGCAGAACAAGACUUGAUCCGUGAGCUGAGCCAGCGGAAACAGAACUUGCUGCUCGAACUGCGUAACUAUGAGGAAAAUUCAAAGGUUGCCUUGAAUGCCCUUGGUGGUGAAGGAGAUGGACAGAUAGGCAUUAUUCCAGCCAAUACACAACUGCAAACAAGCCUUUCUGUCAACGUAGACACUGCCAACCAAAGUCCUCAUGUAGAACUGAGCAUUUCUACAUCCAAUGAUACCAUUAUUCGGGCUGUGCUUAUCUUUGCUGAGGGUAUAUUUGAUGGAGAGUCUCAUGUGGUUCAUCCCAGUGCACACAAUCUCUCAGGACAAAUCUUUGUCCCCAUCACUCCACCCAAAGAUAUUCCAGUGGAUCUUCAUAUCAAGGCUUAUGUGGGCUACAGAAACAGCAUGCAGUUCCACGUGUUCGAGCUGACAAGGCAACUACCUCGAUUCUCAAUGUAUGCCCGACAGACUCCAGGGCCUGCUUCUGAACCUCGGAGUUAUGUCACCUUCACAGUCAGUGAUCGUGUGCAGAGGGUUGUGAUGUGGAUGAAUCAGAACUUUCUCGUACCUGAAGAUAUUGAAUGUCCCAGCAUGCCAUUGGAUAUCUGUUUCAUAUCUCUAAGAGAUGGUGGACAGCUGAGGAUUAAAAUGAAUGCAAGUGGAGAGGUCACCAUCAGAACAGAGGACAUUGACCUUGCUGGUGAACUUAUCCAAUCCAUGGCAUCUUUCUUGGCCAUUGAAGAUCUCCAGGUGGAAGCAGACUUCCCAGCUUAUUUUGAAGAGCUGCGUCAAAUACUUGUUCAGGUGGAUGACUACCAUUCUGUACAUCAAAAGCUCACAGCUGAGAUGGCCGAUCAUUCCAACUUAGUCCGUAGUUUGAUGGUCCAGGCAGAGGAUGCACGACUAAUGGGAGACAUGAAAUGUAUGAAGAAAGGAUACAUGGAACUUUUUGACUUAAAUCGAGAUUUGAUAAAUGGUUACAAGAUUCGCUGUAACAAUCAUACUGAACUUUUGACUUGUCUGCGAGCAGUGAAUCAGGCAAUACAGAGGGCAGGACGCCUACGAGUUGGGAAGCCCAAGACUCAAGUGAUCUCUGCAUGUCGAGAUGCAAUCAAAAAUAAUAAUGUCAAUGCUCUUUUCAAAGUUAUUCGUGCUGGCAGCACUUUGUCCUGAGAAGUUCAGAGGUAUUGACCAAGGCAAUAGUAGAACUAAAGUUGGUUCAUAAACAGUAACAAGGCACACAGGCAGUGCAAAUAUAUGCAAAGUUGACUGUAUCAAUUCCAAACCAUCACACCCAAAUCCAGCUGGGUAAGCAGGUCUAUCUCGAGUUUAACUAUCUUAUGUUCUAGAUAUCAUGGUAUAAAUGAGUAAAGUACCAGAAAACUAAAGCUAUAGAGAAGGUCAUAAAGGAUUUGAAACGUGCCGCAAAAUGUUAAGAAAUUAAACAGAUGUAGUUUACUUCGAAUAUCUGUUCACACACUCAAUUCCCCCAUCUAUUAUCUCCAUGCACCCCUCCUACCCCUCCAUGUAGCCUCCUCAGUUCAUACUCAUUAUUUUCCCUUCACCCUUAUUUACUAUUGGAUCAACCUACUAAAUUAAUUUUUGUAUAAAUUUUCAAACUACAGCAUGUGGACUGUAGCAGUUCAACAAAUCAGCUGACCAUCACCUUCUCAAGGGCAUCUGGAUAUAGGUAAUAAAUGCUGGCUAUUCCCCAAUGCCCAUAAGUGAAUAAAAAGAAGUUCAGACACUAGAGAUAAAUUAUUUUGACAUUUUGUAUUAAAAUUAAUAAUAAAACCAGUAUACAGAAUACUAAUCAAUUCUGCUGAAUUGUCAGUUUGGAAAUCAAACAGCUACAGAACAUGGUGCAUUUGUAUAUGCAAUGUCAAAGAACAUGCAACGGUCUUCAAUUCUGAUAAUAUUGCCAUGUGAUCCAAAUGCAACUAGACCAAUAUAUGGCAAUGUUUGAUCAUAUACCUUCAUUCCUUGAUGUGUGUUUUUAAAUUAGUAAACAGUGAGAUAACUUUGCACAGUUAUGACACCAUGCUAUUCCAAAAUAAUAAGCAGGGAACAGGUUCCCAAACUGGCUAUAAUUUUUUUUAAGUAAACACUGAUGUAACUGAAGCAGCAUCACAUCUGCUUGCAUGGCUCUAGCGUGGAGAAUUCCAAUGACUGAAACUAAAUCACAUCUAAGUUAUUAACACCUACAAUAAACUGAUAAUACUGUACUACUAACAUUAACUUCUGCUUGCCUAAUAUGCACCUCUCGUUUUUGUGUCCUUUGUUCUCACCCUCUAUACGCUUGAUUUGUUUUCGAUAUAUUUGAUCUAUAUCAAAUAUUUUAUAUUAUUCAAUAACUACCCACAUAUCUGCAACCCUGUAAUCCCAACUAAACUGCCACAUUGCAAAAGCAAUCACUUUUUCACACUUAUUUCCUAUUUUAUUAUCCCUAUUCUACUCCAAACUAUCCUUCAUAUCUUGCACCUAACUGCAAUAUUAAUUAUCUGCUAUCCGAUCAUAUUCUGUAACUAGGCUUAUUCUAUACAACCAUUUUAACCAACUCAAAAUAUUGCACCAUCCUCACCAUUCCCUGUCCAAUUCCAGACACUCUAAUCUCCAAACAAUGGCCUUAGCCAUUCUUGCUACUUGCCAUUCUGAAUGUCUAAUCGGUUGUGUCAGAACUACAAGUAAAUUCUUUCCAAGAUAUUGUCAGUCAUUGUUCAGCUGAUGGCAUUCUUGUUUCUGAGGCAAAAAGCUGUGGUUCUUUGGAGUGAGGCUUAAUUCCAGAGCAUAAAAUCUAGGCAAACAUUUCAGGGCAGGUUGUGUAGUACUUUGAGAGGACAUGGACAUAAACGAUCUAUUACAUUAUGUCAAUGAAUUGAAAAGUUCUCUCUGGUGUCCUGACUGACAUUCCACUAGCAUUAUAAAAAAAAGUAAUCUGUUCAUAGCACUUUAUUGAAUCAGUUUAAGCAAAAUUUAGCUUUUAUAUUUUCUGCAUUAUGAAGUUCAGGAAAGUAAUUCCUUGGCUGUAAAGUGUAAGUGUAAGUGAAAGAUGCCAUGUAAUUGAAAAUCUUUCUUUUAUUCCUGAA